CAACAAGCGCGCGGUAAUGGCGGAGAAAGGCAGCGGCGGCGGCGACGUGGAGCCAGCGACGAGGGCGGCCGGCGGCAUGUGCGACCGGUUCCUGACGUUCCUGGCCAAGAACCUGUCGGUGAGCAGGAUGAAGAGCAUCGCCGAGGGGCCAAGGAGCAACGGCGCCGGCGGCCACCCUCCGCCGCCGACGGAGGGAGGAGGAGGCGACGGUGGCAUAGAAGAAGACGAGUUCGCCAUACCCAUCGAGAGGGCCGAGUUCGACUUCCAGCAGCUCGGCGGCCAUGGCGAUGGGGGCCCCAGCGGCGUCGCGACGACCGUCUUGGAAGAGAGCGCCGCGACGACGGCGAGGGGCGUUCCUGAUCCUGAGCGGAAGCAGGACGGAGCUGCUGCGGCCGACGGCCCGGUGGAAGCGGAGGCCGCGGCGCCAGCGGUGGCGAAGGCGGAGGAGACGAAGGUGACGAGGAGGACGGUGACGAUCAAGGAGGACCGUCCUGCGCAGGAGGGCAGCGGCGGCGCCUCGUUGGAGAGGAAGAAGUCGCUGUUCCGGAAGCGGCAGGCGUCGUCGGUCGCCGGAGCGGAGGAGCAGAGCGGCGCCCGGGUGCCGAGGCGGAGCGGGCUCCGGCCGCGGAUGCCGCAGGCGCCAAGGGUGCCGUCCAACAUCAACGAGCGCUCCUCCAGCUUCAUCGAGGAGCGCAAGAAGGGAUUCGGCGGCAAGCCGGCGCCGGGGAACUGAACGGACGACGGCGUAGGUAGGGGCCGGAGCACCGUGCAGCCGUUGCCGCGACGGUGCAAUAUGCUGCCGCGCCAUGUCUCUCUGACUCCCAGGGACAGGGAGUGUGUAGUGUACUUACGGUUCGUGUGUAUGGGUUUGAUGAAGUGUGUGAUUAUAUUGCUCGCUAAUCGUGUACUGGUCCAUGGAUGGCGGUCUCGAUCUUAUAACCAAACUGUGUAUGGGUUU